CUUCAGCCGUCUUAACAGUCUUACCGUUAGCAGCACUGCCGAAAAGCGCUUUUCAACACUUUCUCAGCUGGGGGCAUACAAAUAACGGGAGCAAAAUGAUUUUGCGCUCCUGGGAUCGGGUUAAGCCCCGAUCCGUAUCGGAUUUCGCAUGUUUCCUCCUGGUGGCGAUCUUCGUGCCCGUGACAUACAUCUUCCAGGUGACCAUUGUGAUGCCGGAGCUGUUUGCCAUUGGGAGUCUUUGGUACUACAUUCUCUGGUUGGCCAGCCUGUUCCUCAUCUUCAACAUCACCUCCAACAUGUUGGCCUGCAUGCUCGUGGAUACGAGCAUUCGAAAAGAGCUCCUGAAGCCACCGGUGGAUCCUGGGCAGUUGUCCCGUUGGCACAUUUGCCACGAUUGCCAGACGCUGGUUCCCCCCCGCUCCUGGCACUGCGAGGUGUGCAAAGUGUGCGUGCUAAAGAGGGACCAUCACUGCCGGUUCACCUGCUGCUGCAUCGGACACCACAACUACAGGUACUUUUUCUACUACCUGGUAUACAUGAUCAUCGGGUCCUUGGCGGCCGCCAUAAUGGAGAGCAUUUACCUGUGGCACCUCCAUCCGGACAUCUACUGGCGCUGGUCCACACUGUUCACCAUCUUCGGUCCCGUCGUUAGCCUCUUGCUGUAUCCCAGCUGGGAGACCUUCUACGUGGUCAUCUACGACCUGACUCUACUAGGAUUCGCCAUAUCCUCGCUGCUCCUGGUCUUCCACUGGUCCAUAGUCAAGAGCGGUUCGGUGACGAGGGAACGCGGCACCAGAAAGUACGAUUGCGGCUUGCGAGGCAACCUUGAAAUGGUGCUCGGCCAGCGAAUGCAUCUCACAUGGCUGUCGCCUUUUUUGUGCAGCGAUCUGCCCCACGAUGGGGUAAACUGGGAGCCCAUAGCAGCCGUCUCGCCGAAGGAGGAGUAGUUCACGUUUGUGCCUUAACAAUCUUUGGCACAAACAUCGGAGUAUUAUGGCAUUUACUUAUUUUUAUUGUAUCUGUAUUUAAAUAUUAAUCUCUAACUGUAAGGUAGUUGCUUGGAAACCUUCUAGUCAAUACCUGUAUCUCAGUGUGUAUAUGAUUUUACCUCUUUAGAAUAUAAAUUUCCUGUUUAUAUUUUAUCUUAAUACUAAC